GUGUAGCCCUAGAUAGUCGGAUUCCAGCAAUAAUUUGUCUAUGGCUCGGUUGUGGUUGCUUAUUCUGCAACGACACAUCACGAGCACAUAAAGUAUCUAUUUCCACAGCCACUACCUCUUCUGUUCUUCUCUCUUCUUGAAUUGUUCAGGCCACCAUGAGGCAAAAGGGUAUCUUGCUUGUAUGGUGCUCUACUAGUCUAUGUCUCUAUGAUGGUCUCAAGCAAAUAUAUUGCCCAACCACCAGUAUUGAUUUGGUAAACAAUUGUUCCUGAAAAAGGGAAAGAACAAGGCCUCUCUUUUGGAUUCCUGGAAUCUGAGUAUAUAUUUACGUCUUCGUCUUGGUUUCUAGAUUCAUAAGCAGCUCAGGAUUUGAUACUGCGGCGCCCUUGCUUUUUGAUGAAGCCAUCAGAACAAAUUCAGUGAAAGGAACGUUGGAGCUAUCCUGCGGAAAGAAGAAUCAACUGAAAGUGACAGGGUGAAGGAUCCACUGCCUAGGAAAGAUGCGGCCUUACUUUGAUCCGGAAUACGAGAACUUCAAUCAGCGCAUCAACCCUCCACGGGUUUGCAUUGACAACACCACAUGCAGCGAUUGUACCUUAGUGAAGGUGGACAGCAUGAACAAGAACGGCAUUCUGCUGGAGGUGGUGCAGGUCCUGAGCGAUCUUGACCUCACCAUUCUGAAAGCGUACAUCACCUCCGAUGGCGGAUGGUUCAUGGAUGUGUUUCAUGUGCUGGAUAAGAAAGGACAGAAGGUGACAGAUGAGAAGACCAUCGAGUACAUUGAGAAGGCGCUAGGUCCGGGCAGCAAUAUUCCCAGUGCGAAAAAGGGCAGCACGUCGCCGGGGAGGUCGGUGGGGAUGCACUCGAUCGGCGACCACACCGCCAUCGAGCUCAAGGGGCCCGACAGGACGGGCCUUCUCUCGGAGAUCUUCGCCGUCCUGGCGGAUCUCGAGUGCAACGUGAUGGCCGCCGAGGUGUGGACGCACAAGACCAGGGUGGCCUGCGUGGUGUACGUCAACGACGUCUCCACGGGCCAGGCCAUCGAUGACCCGUGCCGGCAGAGCGGGAUUGAGGAGCGGCUGAGGCACGUCCUCCGCGGGCACGGCGGGGACGACGACGGCGGCCGGGGUGCGCACACCAACUUCGCCGUCGAGUCCACCCACGUCGACCGCCGGCUGCACCAGCUGAUGCACGCCGACAUGGAGUUUUACGAGGGCGCGCUGCAGGGCGACGCCGCCGCAGCUGACGGCACGGCGGUGACCGUGGAGCACUGCGAGGAGAAGGCCUACUCGGUGGUGAACGUCAGGUGCAGGGACCGGCCCAAGCUGCUCUUCGACAUCGUUUGCACGCUGACCGAUAUGCAGUACGUCGUCUUCCAUGCCGCGGUCACCUCCGAUGGCAUCUACGGCAUCCAGGAGCUGUACAUCCGUCGCAAGGAUGGCCGCACUCUGCUGAAAGACGAAGCAGAGAAGGUGAUCAAGUACCUCGAAGCGGCCAUUUCGAGAAGAGUAUCCGAGGGAUUCACCCUUGAGCUGUGUGGGAGGGACAGAGUGGGGCUGCUAUCGGACGUGACGAGGGUGCUCCGGGAGCACGGCCUGACGGUGACCAGGGCCGACGUGACGACUGUGGGGGAGCAGGCCAUGAACGUCUUCUACGUGCGCGACGCGUCGGGGCAGCCCGUGGACAUGAAGACCAUCGAGGGGCUCCGGGGACAGGUCGGGCAGACUGUCAUGCUCAACGUCAAGACAGUGCCGGAUGCCGUCAUGGCGCCGGAGCAGGCCGGUAGCAGCAUGGCCAAGACCAACUUCUUCUCCUUCGGCGGCCUCUUCUCCAAACUCCGGGUCUGAGUCUGAGCAGUCGAUUUGUAGAGCUCCGAUUUGAAUCUCGGACCAUUCUGGUCGAGCGAAUUAUCGUAAAAUUACCAGAACUAGAGUAGUUCCAUAUGGCAGCUCUUGUGUAUAGUCAGUCAAACCAUAAGGAGCUCUAUCUACCAGCGCAGACAAAGUGCUAGACUGGUGGUUCUCUUCUCUUCGGUGUAGCGCAGAUUGCAGACUGCGUGUUCAGGUGCAUGGCAUCUGGCUAUCUGAUUAUCCUGAUCUGCAUCGUUUUGCAGAAACAUGGUGUCAUCUGUACAAAUUCUGGUCCAUCAUUGUCUCAGUUAGCUCAAUAUUUUGGGUUUCAGUUA